AUGGCUGCCCUGGAUCCGAUCAACCAGCGCUUCGCUGAUGCGGCCUCGCAAGGACCCCCUCUAUACUCUAAAAGCCCCGCCGAAGCCAGACAGGUUCUAGAGGAUAUCCAAAAACAUACGCCUGCUGCCGACAUUAAGCAAGAACAGAUCAAAGUUCCAUUCGGAACAGGUGCGGUGAACACUGUCAUCUUUCGACCAGGAGCUGCUUUUGGACCGCUUCCCAUGAUCUUCUACACUCAUGGCGGUGGCUGGAUUCUUGGAAGUCCCAAUGCCCAUGGAUCCCUGAUGGAGGACCUGGCCCGCCAAACGCAGGCUGCCGUGGUUUUCCCGUACUACACCCCGGCCCCGGAGGCUCAGUAUCCCACUCAAUUUGAAGAGUCCUACGCGGUCCUCAAGUAUGCAGUUGGCGAGAGCUCUAAGCUUCAGCUUAAAACGGACAAGGUGGCUUUUGCCGGAGACAGCGUCGGAGGGCACAUGGCCAUCGCCAUGAUGCAAAUGGCGCUGGAUCGAGGCCUUCCCAUCAAUGUUGCGCACCUGAUUCUCUUCUACCCGGUGACUGAUACGCACAAGAAGAGCCCCACGUAUAAGACCUUCCGUGACGGACCUUAUCUGUCGGAGAAGACCAUGGACUGGAUGAUCAAUGCUUUCCUGCCUAACGAGGAGGACCGCAAGAAUGCCUUGACUUCUCCUCUGAGCUAUGCUCCUAAUGAAGUCCUGGCAAGGUUCCCCCCGACUACUUUGUUUGUGUCUGGUCAGGAUCCUCUGAUUGGCGAGGGCGAGGCUUUUGGCCAUCGUCUUCAAGAGGCUGGGGUAGAGACGAGCAUCUUGAAAGCUGAUGGCCAGAUCCACGACUAUGUGAUGUUGGAGCCUGUUCGCCAGUCGGCCACAGCCAAGGCGGUGGUUGAGCUGGCCUCGACCAAGAUUCGAGCUGCUAUUCACGGGAAUUGA